UUCAAAAUCAACUCGAAUAAUCUUCUAUCUUUUAAUUAUUGUGGUUGACAGACGAAAUACUGUAAGUUACAAUGUGCACAGUGUAGUGAUAGUAAAAAUCAUCUAACAGGGAACUGCUAAACUAAGUUAUUUCGUCCAUUCAAUAAAAUAAUUUAUGAAAGACAAUCAUGGAGCCUCCUCCACUAAAGCAGACCGUCAUCCGGUUUUCGGGCACAAUCUCUCCGUCAGACCCCUUGGAGAAACCAGUUCUAAUUGUUGGACAGAUGAAGAAUCUCACCAAAAUCAAGUAUGAUUUGCUCAAACAAAAACUGGAACCUCGAGUUGACCAAGAGACUUACACGGCCGCCUUGCGAGGAAUUCAUCCGUCUUCGAACGACACCGUGCUGACCAUCCACCUGGUGACGUUGGCAGCAUUGCCGUUCAAAUGCAGUCGCCACAACUCGCCGGCACGUCCGCACAGUCUCACCAAAAUUGUGCAAAGCCAUACGUCCGGCGUCGACGAGUACAUUGUUGUGGUGUGCGAACGCGACGAUGUAUUCGCGUCAGCCUGCGCGAUAGCACGCGCGUUUCCGUUGUACUCGCGCAAGACACAGCGCAACGGUCUGGCCCAGUGUCCGCGCGCCGCGAACAAGACCGCGAACGCGAACGCUAUCGCGACUGCGACCGCCUCUCACACGGUGACCGUUGAGUUUGUGGUGGUGGGGGGCGACUCGGCCGCGGGAGACGUGUCGCCGCUAUCCGACGCGGAUUUGGCGUCGCUCGAUGCCGUCUGCAACGGCAUUCGGCUCGCGGCCCGCAUCGUAGACAUGCCCUGCAAUGAGAUGAACGUCGAUCAUUUCCUCAAGGAAGUGGAGAGUGUGUCGAAAGAGCUGCCCGGAGUGAGCAUGACGGUGAUCCGUGGCGAGGAGUUGGCCGAGAAGGGGUUCGGGGGCAUCUAUGGGGUGGGGAAGGCGGCGCUGGUACCACCCGCGUUGGCUGUCCUCUCGCACACGCCGCCCCAGGCACAGCAGACCAUCGCAUGGGUCGGCAAGGGUAUUGUCUACGACACUGGCGGUCUCAGCAUCAAGGGAAAGACAAUGAUGCCGGGCAUGAAACGGGACUGCGGCGGGGCAGCGGCCAUACUGGGCGCAUUUCAGGCGAUGGUGCGUCAGGGUUUCACUCAGAACCUGCACGCCGUCUUCUGUCUGGCCGAGAACGCAGUCGGUCCGCUGGCUACGCGGCCUGACGACAUUCACACGCUCUACUCGGGGCGCACUGUCGAGAUCAACAACACUGAUGCCGAAGGACGGCUGGUACUGAGCGACGGCGUGGUUUACGCUCGCUGCGACCUCGCAGCCGACGUGAUCCUGGACAUGGCGACGCUGACCGGCGCCCAGGGUAUGGCGACGGGCAAGUACCACGGCGCCGUGCUCACCAACAGCCAGGACUGGGAGGAGACGGCGGUCAGGGCUGGUCUGGUGUCCGGAGACCUCCUCUUCCCCAUUCCCUACUCGCCCGAGCUGCACUUCCCCGAGUAUGCGUCCGCCGUAGCCGACAUGAAGAACUCUGUUGCUGAUAGAAGUAAUGCUCUAAGCUCGUGUGCUGGUCUUUUCAUAGCUGCUCACCUUGGAUUCGAGUUCCCCGGCUCAUGGAUUCACAUAGAUAUGGCCAGUCCAGUCAAAUCGGGAGAGAGAGCCACAGGCUACGGAGUCGCUCUACUGGCAUCGUUGUUUGGCUCCCACUCGAAAGAUCAGCUGUUGAAAACAAUAGGAACAGGUGUUUUUGGUGAUACAUUCGAGAACGGAAACGGAAGUGCCUCCAAGAAACUUCGUCGUAAAUAAUUGUUUUAUUCAAUAAAUGUUUCUGAUUAUAGUAGUUUCUAUAUUAUAUUAAAAAUACAAGUUUGAAAGAUUUGUGGAGAAAUUUCAGCAUUGUCUGAUCAAUCAUAUUUAAUAGCUAUGCCUAAAACCAGGACUCCCUACAUGCUAGGAGGUCCUGCUAUAACCUUUGAAUCUGUAGUAAAUGAAACAUUUCAAAACUUUGAUAUUAUUCGAUUUUUCUGUCCCAUUAAUGAUAUCAAUUUGAUGGUAAAAUAGUUUUGAUAAAGCAAUAAUGGAUAUUAUAAAUUAAAUUUAUUCAUUAAAUAAAAUUAUCCUGAAAUUACUGUGUGAAAUGAAACAUUUCAAAACCUAGAUAUUACGGUAUUAGAUUUUUCUGCCCCAUUAGGUAUCAAUUUAAUGGUAAAAUAGUUUUGAUAAUUCAAUAAUGGAUAUUAUAAAUUAAAUUUAUUCAUAAAAUAAUAAAAUUAUCCUGAAAUUACUGUUACUGUGUAUCUAGGAUGUAAAUUAUCAUGAAUAAAUGCAAAUAAUGAUCAUUGAUUGAAGUAGUACAAAAUGGAAAAUUCAAUAGCAAAAAUGUCAAGAUUUUUCACUCCUAGGCCCAGCUGCACAAAAUUCUGUCAACUUUUAACCCUACAGAGACACACUUACUUUAUGCUAACACAGUAGACACACUGGGGUGUUGAAUACCCCAAUUUAAUUUUGCAUUUUUCUUUGAAAAAUAUGAAAAAACAAGUAAUUAGACCAUUCUACAUCAUUUCUUAAUCAUUUUUGUUCCAUGUGCAUGCAGAAAUCAAAAGUAAAGCACUGCUUAUCAAUAUUUAUACUAAUUUUAGAAGUUCGUAUGUUCCGCCUGAGUUUUGGAGCUCCUAAUCCGGUUUGAACGAAUGGCUUGAUCAUUGCCAAUGACAACUUCACCAAAAACUCAAGUCUCUUCAUUUUAUUGUUUUGAAUCCAAAGUUGUAGAGAAUCAUAGCAUUCAUUCCAAUCUGAUCCAUCAUCCCAUGCCACAUUCGUAGUGACAAUACAAGUAAAUCUUUGUAAUAAAAGUGUUUGAUAAAAGUCCUACGUAAAAGACACUCUGGGGUGUUAGACACCCCAAACGAAGAACAAGAUGAGCUGGUGACCUUGUAGAAUGCUAUUAUCACUGACUGGAAGUGGUGGAGAGUUGUAGUUGACAAUACUACAAACCUAAUUUAGACUGGGCAUAAAUUCCCAUCUGUUUGAUAUUGUCAACUGCAGAAUAGAAAAAAAUCCCUGGGGUGUGAAACACCCCAGUGUGUCUCUUUAGGGUUAAUCACGAUUAAAUUCGUUAUUUAAUCGAGAUUAAAAGUUAACAGAAUUUAGUGCCGAUUCGCCUUAGCAGCCUUUUCCCGAAAAAGUUUUCUUUGUUUGGUUUUUGUGAAAUUAAUCACACUUAAUAUUGGAACGGUUUUUGUGCAACCCGGGCCAUAUACUAUAUUAUCAAAUAUCCUCCCUAUCAAGGGAGGAUAAGCUACCAUUAUAUUCCUGAUGAUCGGUGUAUUAAUGUUACUUGGAAUAAGAAAACAUAGUAAGAUAAUGUGUAAUGAAUAGAUGUUGGCUCAAUUAAAGCUCAGAAUUAGAUGAAAUGACUGACUAAAUUGAACAUGAUAAUCUCUCAAGUUUCGUGAUCAACUGUGUUAUUUCUUUCGUGAUGAUAAUAAAUUGAUGUGUCAAACUUAAAUAAACUCUAAA